UUCUUACUCAACAAUUAUAUCGAGUUCAACUACUUCAACAAGGUCGAUAUUCAGUACCAUGGCGAAAAGAGUUUAAAAAAGAGUGGAAGCAACAUGAAAAGCAAAAAACUCAAUCAAAUAAUAAAUAUUUUACUGAUCCUACCAAGUGGAUAUGUGCAUGCCCUGCAUAUCGUCUUAGUCGCAAAUUAGUAAAUAUAUUUGACUUGGAAAAUCUUCAAAAUUCUCAAAAUCAUAAAAUUUCAAGUGCUUUAUUAUCUCAAGACAAAAUUAUUGAGCAUGAAGAUAACUAUAUUAUUGAAAGUAGUGACGAAGAGCAAGAUGUAUAUGAAUCAGAAUUGGCUUACUUGCAUGAAGUUUUAGACAAGACUAAAAGGUUGUUAGAAGAAUCACGAAAUAAACCAAAAAGACAUUUAUGGUUAAAAAAAGUUCGCCCAAAUUUUAAAUUACUAGAAAAAAUGAAUAGCGAUAUCUCAUCAUUAGAUAAUCGCAAGACAAUGCCAAAAACAUGGCAGGAUUUUAACAAUAAUACGAU